ACACCAAACUAAAACUAAUUUUCCUCCGCUUCCAAGAUUUUCCCACGGUUUCGGACCAUAUACUGAAUUCCUUUCCUUCUCCGAUAAAAUUUCAGUUCGAAUCCAUCUUUGUUUUGUGUGUGUGUUUAGAACUGAUUGCAUUUGGAAUUCUUGGACAUUUUUGUACUUUGUGAUUGCUUUGAAUUACACCAUAUUUUUCUUUUGUUUUUAUGUUUUUUUAGUUUGUUUUUCUGUUUUGUUCUGAUCUCCUCGAAAUUUUCUUCCCGGGGUUUUUCAAUCGAUUUCUGGUCGAUGAAUCCGAUGCGAGAACGGUAGUGUGUUUAUUGGUCGAUUAUUCAUUGUUGCGACACUUCGGGAUAGGUCGGGGACUUUAGGUUGGUAUGAUUUUUAAGAGUCCGUUAGGGUUUUGUAUUGUUGUGUAGAGAGAAUUGGUUUGACGAAGUUAAAAACCUUAAUCGUUGUUUUUAAGCCAUUGCUGCGUUCCGGGGUGCAAAUUUGACAAUGAAUCAAGGCGGCAAUACUGAAACCGUAGCUCCAGCGCUACCCAGGUCGCUCGAGAACCAACACUUUGGUGACAUUAAUCAAUCAGCAUCGACAUCAACAUAUCUUCCUUUGACAUCAGCUCCAGAAGCCAUAUCAUGGGCUACACACAAGGUGGAUGGCAGUUCCAAUGAGAAUGGGCCGCUCCCAAAUUCCACUUUUCAAUAUAAUCAACCAGCGCUCCCACCUGCAAGAAAUGUGCAAGAUGGUCUAAAUGUGUCUUCUGUUGCUUGUAGUUCAUCAAGUUUUGUGACAUCAAAUUCAACGCAAGAUUACAAUGCCUAGGCACCAUAUUCCAAUUCUGCCGAUCCUUAUGGUUGUGCAAAUGCUGGUUAUCAAGGUUACUACAACAACUAUCAACAGCACCAAACCUUGAUGUGAUGACUUGAUUUUCGUGUU